UUAUUAUCCAUAGCGAUAGAAAUGGUUAUACGAAAUAUUACAUCGACGCAAACGUAAUAGACUAUAAGGAGAGGACGUUUUCAUAAAUUCCUGUACAUUAAUAUCAGGGUUAGGAAGUGUUGUCGAGGUGACAAUGUCUGGAUUAAGUACAGCAGCUUUGGGAUUAGUUUAUUCCAUCUUUGGAAUAUUGGGCGUGGUGCUGAACGGGUUGGCCCUGGCAACAUUCACAUACUUUCAACCUCAACCAGGCACAAAGAACAUUCCCCAUGUUAACCUUUUACUUGCUAGUUUCGGCGUCUCACUGUCGUGUGUAUUACCUGGAUUGGCAUCUUUUUCCGGAAGCUGGGGAUUCAACGAUAUCGUAUGCCAGAUUCAAGGUUUCUAUGGGAUGCUGACAGGCAUGAUGGUCAUAUAUGCAGUUGCAAUGCUUGCUGGAGAGAGAUACGUUGUCUUUAAGGGAAUGUGUCCCAGUGGCGUGGCGUACUACCUGUUCACAUCGCUAUGUUGGUUCGCUGCCGGGUUCUGGUCAUGCCUUCCCCUCAUGGGAUGCAGCAGAUAUACACUGCAAAGUUCCGCCAAUGAUUGCAUAUUAGACUGGAAAGAGCAGAGUAGCAUUCACUGGUCAUACAUAUUGGCGAUCAGUUGUUUCGGAUUUGCUGUUCCCCUUGCAGCAACGUUUGGUGCACUGAGUAAAUGCCAUGCCGCAGAGGACAGUAAGGAUGAGGGUUGGUUUACUGAAAGUCAACUCAUAAAGAUAAGCAAGUGGCAAUGUUUUUUCUGCUUGGUCCAGUGGUUGCCUUUCGCCGUGCUGGUGUUCAUUCCGUUGGCUAUUCCUACGAGUGUCGUAGAGGCAUCUGGAUUGUCCCAACUGUCGAUCUUCUUCGCCAAGGGACUAUCUCCCGGUUACCCCGUACUGUAUGUGGCUUCAAGUGGACGGUUCCGUACAGCGGCUGCAUCUCUGGUCGGACUGGCGUCAUCUAAUCACGUCAAAGACGAUUGAUCGAGUACCAAUAUGUAUCCAUUUCCAUGGUAACUAUUGUUGCUUCGAGAGAGAUAUAUCAUGGGAAUGCUUAUUAGACGUACCUAUAUAGCCAACAUUGUCCGCCAAAUAGGCUAAAUUGGCUACAACGAUUAGCACUUAUUUUUUGAUAUUGUAGCGGGAUUUUAGCUACCGUGCAAGUUAUAUCUCAAAAUACAUUCCUUAUGCCAGAAUGGCUAAAAUUUAAUAUGAUAAACGAAUUUGAAUUUUUGAUUUUAAUUCUUUGAUUAUAGUCAUGGAAUGAACCUAAUAUCAGAUCAUUUCUCGUGAUA